AUGGCCACACUUGCCGCCUCAGCAGCUGCCGCAGCCGCAGGCCUUCUAUACGCCGACCACGCCCUCGGCGUGUCACGCGACAUCGCGCAGUACCGCCUCGACGCCUCGUUCGCAAACCGCUUUCCACAGUUCCUGGCCAAGCUCGGCCCUCAAUCAACACACCUGUAUCGAAUGCUCGAAUUGGCCGAGCCUACAGCCGAUGCAGUCUGGUUCGAAGGCCGGUCAUGGAACUACCGCGCCGUGAAGCAGCAAGUCGAUGAACUGGCCGUUGCACUGCAUCAGGAUUUGCACGUCAAGAACGGAGAUAUCGUCGCCGUAUUCAUGACCAACUCUCCCGAGAUGCUGUUUACCGUGUACGCGUUGACCAGACUCGGCGCGGUGCCAGCCCUGCUCAACAACGCCCUGCGAGACGAGACUCUGUUGCAUUGUGUGCGCUUGCCGUCCUCAGCUUUGAUCCUGACCACACCUGAUCUGGCCUCACAUGCUGCAUCGGCGGCCAGAUCGCUAAGCGGGGCCGUCAAGACCGUUCGUUUGAACUUGGGAUCCUUCCGACCGAUAGGCGAUAACAGUGGCGGCGACGACGACAUUGUGGAUUUCCCUCUCCCUUUCGCCGACCAGUCACACCCACAACUCCCUGUUCUUCCACCCACACCGCCGAAAUCCUUGGCCUCGGUCGCCGCCUUGAUCUAUACGUCCGGCACAACGGGUAAGCCCAAGGCGUGCAGAGUCAAGAACGCCUUGAUUUGCGCCGUGUCGUGUAGGUCGUCUAUUGACCACACCAACCCGAAAAAAUACCUCCAGAGCUUGCGCACCUAUUCAUGCAUGCCGCUUUUCCACGGCACCACCUUCUUUACCGGCCUCUGCUACAGCGCGGGCAACAGCGGCUGUUUCUGCAUGGCGCGACGCUUCUCGGCCCGCAAUUUCUGGAAAGACGUGCACGAGAGCCGGGCCUCGAGGAUUCUGUACGUCGGUGAACUGUGCCGCUUCCUGUUGGCCACACCGCCAAGCCCGUACGAUCGUGACCACCGAGUUCUCGUGGCUGCGGGCAAUGGGUUGCAGAAGGACGUGUGGAUUGCAUUCCAGCAGCGCUUCCGCGUGGACGAGGUGCGCGAGUUUUACCGCUCCACCGAGGGAAUGGUGAAGUUCGACAACGUCCAUCGCCGCGGCCGCCCGGGAGCAGGUAAGGUCGGCUAUAUGGGGACACUGAGGAAACGGGUGCUCGACAAGGACCAGUGUAUCGUCAAGUUCGACUAUGAGUCGGAGAUGCCGGUGCGCGAUCCCACCACGGGCUUCUGUUUGGUUGCUGACCGUGGCGAGCCCGGCGAGGCCAUUGCCCGGAUCCACAACAUGGACACCUAUACUGACUACCACGCCAACCGGCCCGCCACCGAGCAGAAGCUGCUGCGCGACGUGUUCGCCAAGGGAGACCUGUGGCAGCGCAGUGGAGAUUUGCUGGUCCAGGGGACGGAUGGUUGGGUGAAGUUUGUCGACCGUAUAGGCGACACGUAUCGCUGGAUGGGCGAGAACGUGUCGGCCGGCGAGGUGCGUGGAUAUAUUUCGGAAUUGCCCGGUGUCAAGGAUGUCGUGGUGGUCGGCCGUCGGCUAGAGAAGUAUGAUGGUCAAAUAGGAACGGCGUUGAUUGUGCUUGAUUCAGGGGGUGAGAAGGAUGAAGACGACCAAAGACCAAAGAAGCUGGUAACCGAGCUCAAGAGCCAUCCCGAAAACCAAAACAGGAGAAGAGACGACCCGGGGCAGCAGCAACAGGAGCAGGGGCAGCAGCUGGAGCUGGAGCUGGAGCUGGAAAACGAAAAAGAAACAAUAGCGACAUUCAUGGCCCUUCUGUUCCACCGACUCCGCGCAAAAGGCGUCCCACGCUACGCCGUCCCACGCCUCGUCAUGGUCCGCGCCGGCCUGAAUCCGAUCGAUGUAGGCGACACCUUCAAGCACGCCAAGACGGUGGUCAAGAACAUCCACUGGGGCCCAGAUGCGAGUGUAGAUGCGAGUGCCGGUGGGAGUGCCAGUUCGAGUGCCAGUGCGAGUUCGACGGCAUGUCAGGUGGAUGGCAGGCGGUACUUUCUCGAUCUUGACGACGAGUGUUUCAAGCCGCUGGAUGGGCACGCGUGGCCGAGAAUCGAGCAGGGCAAGGCGAAGCUGUGA